AUGACCCAGGAUUCUGAUGCCGAUGAUCUAGUGGUGCCCACAGAAACCCCAGGUCCAAACACCACUGCAGAGCCUCCAGAGACCCCUGAGCCUGCAGAGACUCCUGAACCUGAGUCUCCAGAGUUCCCUGAGCCUAGCCCCAAGGCAGGAGGAUUCCGGAGCGAGCGCAGUUACUUGGCGCCCCUCGGGAAGGCGGGGGGUCCUCCGAGAGGACUAAGCGGAAGGUGCCUCUCGCAGUCUACGGCGCGUCCUUUCGGACUUGGCAAAGGAGCGAGAGGGACACGGAGCAGGGAAGCGGGCUGCCAACUACGCUUCCGCCAAACGGAGCCAACUGUCGCUUCCUUUCGCCCUGGGCGUGAGAGCCAGGCGAGGGGAGCCGCCGUUUCUCUUCGCCUCUCCUCUCCACCGAAGAGCGCGCGAGGGCGAGAGAGCGUGUGCGCGCGCCACGAGGCGGUGGCGGGACCUUUAGUCCGCUGCCGGGGCUGGCGAGGCCGGGAAGCGGGCUGCAGCGCGGCCAGCCCGUUUCGCCUAGGGCAAAGGAGGGACGGAGUCGGAGGGCCGCCUGAGCGGCGUGGUUUCGCGGGUAACUCCAGUGCAAGGCAGGCGACUUUUCUCCAUCUAGCCGCGCCGUCCCAUGGCAAUAUGAGAGGGGCCGGUCUCCCGCCGUUCCUCUUCCCGGCCGCUCUGCUCGCCUUUGCCGCCCGAGCGGUGCCCCUGGAAGCGGGGAGCUCCCCGCUGGGCUCCCGCCCUGGGCAGCCGCCGCAGCGGGAGGCGCCGAAUUUCUCCAGGCUGCAGAGGAAGAGCCUGGCCAUGGAUUUUAUCGUGCCUUCUCUGUUCCGGACCUACCUGCGGGAGCUGGUGCUGGGCGGCGCGGGGGAGCCCUCGGGCGGGUUUCAGGCGCGCUGCAGCCUGGUGCUGGACUGCUCGCCGCUGCUGCGCACUGCCGGCGCUUGGCUUCCCCGGAGCGCCCCGGCAGAGCCGGCCGGCCGCGGCAGAGCCCCGUCCAAGGUGCUGAAAGGCGGCGCGGUGCGAAAGCUACGCCGCGCCAAGCAGCUGGUGCUGGAAGUGGGCGAAGCCAACCUGAGGGAUGACUGCGCCUGGCAUCGUGCCGGGGAAAGGACUGGGGCCGAGGCCAGCCAGCUCGAGUUUACCCUCACCGAGGAAUUCAGCUCGUGGAUCAGCUCCGGAGAAGGCAGGCUGAGAAUCCGGUUGAUGCCUGAGAGGAAGGCGUCUUUCCAGGGCAAGGAAGGCAGCUUAUCUGCGGCCAUCAGAGCUUCCCAGCCCCGCUUGUUCUUCCAGAUGGCCACCAGAGGUCUCAACGUUCCAGAUUCUCCAACAAAUAUUCCUCCACAUUCUUUGGAUUUUUCUGCUUGGAAUUUGUCUUGGGUCAUGAGAGAUUCCUCCCCUUCCUUCGCUCCCAGAGGGCGGCACUUUUUUGACUGCAAUUUUGAAUUAUCCUGUGAUCUAGAAUAUUUCCCCCCCAUGAGAGAGGGCCAUAACAGAUCCUGGUACAGAGUGAAUGCGAAUGAGCUCUCACACCUCCAUGUUUUGGAUGGUCCAGAAAGGGAUUAUUCUGAAGAUUCAGCAAAAGGUUCAUUCCUGUACCUUAGUACAACAGAAAGCACGAAGUUCCUCAUUUUGAGUCCUUGGCUGAAAAGCAAUAGUGAAGACUGUACUGUUCAAGUGGCUGUCUACAAAUACUUCCAACAAAGUGGGGAAUAUCUCGCUCAGAUCCUCCAAGUUAAUGAAAGUCGCAUCAAAAUCCCAUUGAACCCAAGCAGAGAAAAACAUGGAUGGGUGCUUCUCCAGGAAAGAGUGGGACACCUCGAGAAACCUUUUCGGAUCUCCUUGGAAUAUAUUGCUAGUGGGAACAAGAGUGUAGCGGCCAUUGAUUCAUUUGCGAUGAAGAACUGCAGCUCAGGACCUCCUUCUGGCUCUAAAAUGGCUCUGCAGAGUUCCUUCAACUGCUGGAAUGGAACAGUGAUCAAGCUGGGACAGGUGUGUGACUUCACCAGAGACUGCGCAGAGGGAGAGGAUGAGGGACAGCUGUGCAAAAAUCUGCCCCCUGGCUUCUACUGCUCCUUUGAAGAUGGAGAGUGUGGCUGGACUCAAAGUUCAUUGUCUUCCCAAGAGGCUCAUCUGUGGCACAUUGGAAAUCCACAGAAUCACCACUUCUGUUUGUUGAAAGAAUGUGCCCUUUUGCUUAACACCAGUGAGACGGCAGUCACAGAAACAGUCGUGGUGACCAGUGCUGUGUUUCCAGCUCCCAUGAAAAACUCUCCCUGCGAGCUUCGGAUGUCUUGGUUCCUCAACGGCAUCUUGCUUGGAGAUGUUUCCCUGGUCCUUGUCGAGAACAAAACUGGGAAGGAACAGAGCAGGAAGCUCUGGCACUUUGAUAACAGAAAAGGAUUGGGUGUCUGGCAGAAGAUGGUCAGGCCUCUCCAUGAUGUGUCAGACAGAUUUUGGCUUCAGGUUAUUACGUCUUGGAAAGCUGGAUCAGAAGCCAUCAUUGCUUUCGAUAAUGUAUCGCUCAGCCUGGACUGUUACCUGACAAUCAAUGAAGAGAAGACAUCUAGAGACAACAGUCCAGAUGCAGGCAAUCUGCUCACGGAAAGAGGCAGGUGGGAAGAAAUGUUUGCAGAAAUGCCAACACAGGAUCCCGCACCAGUUGGCCUUGGAGAUAAUUGGCUAUUCACCACUUGUGGUGCCAGUGGACCUCAAGGUCCCACCCAGACCCAAUGUAACGAUGCCUAUAGGAACGCCAACCUCAGUGUAGUGGUAGGGACGGAGGGCAAUUUCCCAGGUAUACAGAUUUGGAGAGUGCCUGCAACCAAUACUUACAGCAUCUCAGGCUAUGGGGCAGCUGGUGGCAAAGGGAAGAACACUAUAAUGAGGUCACAUGGUGUGAAUGUGGUGGGGAUAUUUAAACUCCAGAAGAACGAUACCUUGUAUAUUUUGGUGGGCCAACAAGGAGAAGAUGCCUGCCCUAGCAUCAACCAUGUCAUACAUAAAGUCUGUAUUGGAGAAAAUAAUGUGGUUGAAGAUGAAAUUAAAGUAAACAGGAGCAUCCAUGAAUGGGCAGGAGGAGGUGGUGGAGGUGGAGGAGCAAGUUAUAUAUUUAAGAUGGAGAAUGGAAAGCCAGUCCCCUUGAUCAUUGCCGCAGGAGGUGGUGGCAGAGCCUACAGGGCUAAAGCCUAUACAAUUGACCACGAAAGACUGGAGAACGAUACAUCUGUUCCAGGGCUCAAUGGGAGGCCAGGAGCUGCAGGUGGUGGAGGUGGCUGGAAUGAUAACACUUCCUUCCUCUGGUCCGGAAAAUCCUUGCUGGAAGGCGCUACCGGAGGAAAAUCCUGCCCCCAGGCCAUGAAGAAGUGGGGGUGGGAGACAAGAGGGGGUUUCGGAGGGGGUGGAGGGGGGUGCUCCUCAGGUGGAGGAGGCGGAGGAUAUAUAGGUGGUGAUGCAGCAGAACACAAUGACCCAGAGCUGGAUGGAGAGGAUGGUGUGUCUUUUAUUAAUAGCCAAUAUGGUUCAUUGUUUACCCCAGCAUUAAAAGUGACCGAGGGUCAUGGUGAAGUCAACAUUAAACUGUAUGUGAACUGUAGCCACUGUGACCAUGACAUCUGCCACAGGGAUAUGAAGACGCAAGAAGUUGUUUGCACGUGUGUCUAUGGAUAUGUAUUGGCUGAGGAUGGCGUCUCUUGCAUAGCUGAACUGAUACUGCCGACAAAGAAUCCCCCUCUCUCCUUGGUCUUGUCGGUAGUGACAUCAGCCCUGGUUGCUGCUCUCAUUCUAGCCUUCUCGGGGAUCAUGAUAGUGUACCGCCGGAAACACCAGGAACUGCAAGCCAUGCAGAUGGAGUUACAGAGCCCCGAAUAUAAACUGAGCAAGCUGCGCACCUCCACCAUUAUGACCGACUACAACCCCAAUUACUGCUUUGCAGGGAAGACCACUUCCAUUAGCGAUCUCAAAGAGGUGCCCCGGAAAAACAUCGCUCUGAUAAGGGGCUUAGGCCAUGGAGCCUUCGGGGAGGUGUACGAAGGUCAGGUGGUUGGGAUUCCCAGCGACCCCAGUCCCUUGCAAGUGGCUGUAAAAACUUUGCCAGAGGUUUGUUCAGAACAAGAUGAGCUGGAUUUCCUCAUGGAAGCUCUUAUAAUCAGCAAGUUCAACCAUCAGAACAUUGUGCGCUGCAUUGGGGUGAGCUUGCAGGCUCUGCCACGCUUUAUUCUGCUGGAGCUCAUGGCUGGAGGAGACUUGAAAUCUUUCCUGAGGGAGACACGGCCAAGGCCGACUCACCCCUCCUCGCUGACCAUGCUGGACCUGCUGCAUGUGGCUCGUGACAUUGCGUGUGGCUGUCAGUAUUUGGAAGAAAAUCACUUCAUUCACAGAGACAUUGCAGCUCGAAAUUGCCUCCUUACUUGUAAAGGUCCUGGGAGAAUAGCUAAAAUUGGAGAUUUUGGCAUGGCCCGGGACAUAUACAGGGCCAGCUACUAUCGAAAAGGAGGGUGCGCAAUGCUUCCAGUCAAGUGGAUGCCACCAGAGGCCUUUAUGGAAGGGAUAUUCACAUCCAAAACAGACACCUGGUCAUUUGGAGUAUUGCUGUGGGAAAUAUUCUCUCUUGGAUACAUGCCCUAUCCCAGCAAAAGUAACCAGGAGGUCUUGGAGUUCGUAACAAGUGGAGGACGGAUGGAUCCACCCAAGAACUGCCCUGGCCCAGUAUAUCGGAUAAUGACCCAGUGCUGGCAGCACCAGCCUGAAGACAGGCCGAACUUUGCCAUAAUACUGGAAAGGAUUGAAUACUGCACCCAGGAUCCUGACGUCAUCAACACCGUUCUGCCUGUGGAAUAUGGCCCAUGCAUUGAAGAAGAGGAAAAGGUCCCAGUGCGUCCUGAAGACCCCGAAGCAAUUCCUCCUCUGUUGGUCUUGCCUCAGCAGGAGAAAAAGGGUGCCGUGCCACUCCUGCCUUCCCCGCCCUCUCUGGCCUCAGCCCUCCCCCCAGGAAAGCCCCUCAUGAAAGCGGCUGGUGUUGACCCGCCGAUCCGUGCCAACGUACAGGCUCCCCUGGAAGGGGGCCAUGUCAACAUGGCGUAUGCACAGUCCAAUCCUGCGACUGAGCUCCACAAAGGCCGGGGCUCCAGAAACAAGCCCACCAACCUCUGGAACCCGACGUACGGCUCCUGGUUUUCAGAGAAGCCCGUGGUCAAAAACACUUCACAGGCAGAGAAAGAGGCAACUGAGAGGGAAGGUUCAGGGCAUGACGGGAACUGUACUUUGGGACCCAGCAUUGUGACUGGGAGGUUGCCAAGCUCCUCCCUCCUUCUAGAACCAUCUUCACUGACAGCCAGUGUUAAGGAAGUGCCUCUGUUCAGGCUCCGCCAUUUCCCCUGUGGUAACGUUAACUAUGGAUACCAGCAGCAGGGCUUGCCCUUGGAAACCUCGGCCCCACCCUUGUGCCAGCAGUUACGAGGGCCCUCACCUUAGGAACCAGACCCGCCAGGGCCGUUGAAAGCCUCCAGGGCU